AUGGGCAGGGCUGGUUCUUGUGCGGACCUUGCUCACAGCACCUCAAACAGAAUGGCGACGCGUAGGGGAUUUCGGAGUCGAAGAACAACAACGAGACGUGGUGGAGCUUGCGUGGAGGUUCCGGCGUCGGCGGGGGAGGCGCGCGGCUCCGGGAGAGACCGCGUGCGACUGGGCCUCAUCCUGGCGAGCGGGGUCUGUGGGCUGACCGGCGGCAACGACGCGCAGGGGGCUUUCGGAGGCGAAGAACAUCAUCAACACGUGGUUGAACUCCCGCGGAGGAUCCGGCGCCAGCGGGGAGGCGCGUCUGUAAGCUGCUUUACGGGAAGAUUGGUACCUGAUCGGGGCGAGCGAGGUCAGCGGGCUGACUGGCGGCUCCGGGAGAGACCGCGUGCGCUGGGCCUGACCUUGGCGAGCGGGGUCUGCGGGUUGUCCGGCGGCGUGCUGCUGGUCACCUCCGGCACAUUAUAUGAGAAAUGUAGGAUGAUAAUGGUGUGGAAUAAUGUGGUUGAGGUUGAUAUGUGGCUGAGGUUGAUAUGGGAUGUGUAUAAUGUAGCUUCUGUAACAGCUUUUUUCAACCUCUCCUCGGGAAGUACGCAAAAAUUUCUUGUGGCUGAUGGAAAUGAAAGAAAUUUAACAUAA